GGUUCUGUAACAGACAAAAACUUUUGCGAGAGGAAGUGACGGUUUUGACCAGAUGAAAAUUUGGGCAGGUUACCUUGGUAACUAUCCACCCACAAAAAAGAUACACUCAGACUGAAGUCACUUCAUACUGAGAAGAAGGUGCAAACAUGGAUGAGCUAGAUUUGCUGUUAGAAGAACUGGCCCUGAAUCCAGCAGGUUCACAACAUACGGAUGACAACAGACCUAAUGAGGUGUCAGGUGGACUCUGUGAGGGACUCACCAGGAGCGGAAAUGCCACAAGUAGCUUUAAUGUUUACAGUGAGUUACCAGCUCCUGUGGCAGCCACGUCAGGGGAUAUAUCACCUACUAAAGAACUGGACUCUGUCUUGGAAGAUCUCUUGGGUGUUGCCCAAAAUGAUCCAGGGUCUGAAGUGUCCCCUCCACCACUUGCACAAAAGCAGUCAGUGAAAAGGAACACAGAGAAGAAGAGCACGACAACAGAUUCAGAUGCACAAGCCUCAACACAGAGCAAGAAAACAGAUGCUAUAGAUGACCUGUUAGGAGGCCUGAGCUCUGACUUGGAGAAAAUUGGUGUCCGCACCACAGCUAAAGGCCACUGUGCUUCCUGCAACAAGUGCAUUGUGGGAAAGAUGAUCACAGCACUGGGUCAAGUGUGGCACCCUGAGCACUUUGUGUGUGUGGCGUGUAAAACUGAGCUGAGUGGAAAAGGCUUCUUUGAGAGAGAGGGACGACCGUACUGUGACAGAGACUACCAUGAGCUCUUCGCUCCUCGCUGUGCCUAUUGCAAAGGGCCUAUCAUGAACAAUAUCGUGACAGCCCUGGACCAGACCUGGCACCCAGAACAUUUCUUCUGCACACACUGUGGAGGCCUGUUUGGACCUGAAGGAUUCCUUGAGAAGGAGGGGAAACCAUAUUGCUGCAAGGACUUCUACUACCUGUUUGCUCCGAAGUGCUUGGGCUGUGGGGAGUCGGUGAAGGAGAACUACCUGACUGCAGCCAAUGGCACCUGGCAUCCAGAGUGCUUCGUCUGCUCAGAUUGUCUGAAGCCGUUCGCUGAUGGCUGUUUCAUGGAACUGGAUGGUCGACCUCUCUGCUCACUGCACUUCCACUCGCGGCAGGGCACUCUGUGUGGUAGCUGUCACAAACCUAUCAUGGGCCGCUGCAUCUCAGCUUUGGAGAGCAAGUUUCACCCCGAGCAUUUUGUGUGCGCCUUCUGUCUGCGACAACUCAGCCAAGGCAUCUUCAAGGAGCAGAAGGGAAAGCCAUACUGUUUAACCUGCUUUAACAAGCUCUUUGUUUGAGACAUGCAGUGCAAAAAAUUACGUGACAUAAAUGCAAUGUUUUAUUGUGAAUGAUAAAAAUAUCCUCAUCGUAUGACUGACACACACAUAACCUCCUAAGACCCAGCUAUGGGUUUUCUGUCCACAUUUGUGGACAAGAGUUUUACAACUUUAUGCAAAAAAAAAGAAAAGAAAACUGUCCACCACAAAGGACAUUCCAUAAAAAUUUUAAAAACUGCAUCUGAAAAAAUGUUGCAUCUUGAUGUUUCCAAUAUAGGCAAUUAUUUAAUAAAAAAACAAAAAAAGCUUGUACUUUGCUGACAUUUCCUGGGUCUUAGGAGGUUAACAGAUGCAAAAACAUUG